AAUUAUUUUGGAAUCUUACUUAAAAGUCCGUCGUAACAAUGGUGCUUAUAUCCUGGACUCUGACGAUAGUGUGCUUUGUUUUAAAAUAUUGCACGUGCUCGGGUUAUUUUGAGAUUCAAAUUGUCGGGAUGGAAAACGUUCGAGGGGAACUGUCAGACGGCACGUGUUGUGCAUCUCAUGACAGCAAACAAUUGAAGGGCACGUGCAGAGGAGUGUGCUCGACGUUCGUUCGUGUGUGUCUGAAGCAGUACCAGUCGCCCGUGUCCCUGACCGGAAGUUGUACGUUUGGGAACCAGACAACGGACGUGCUGGGUGAAAAUAGCUUUCGAUUGGAGGAGGGCAGCCCGGGGGCCGACCUGAAACUCCCCUUCCAGUUUUCAUGGACGAGGUCCUACACGAUCAUCGUGGCGGCCUGGGACCGCGGGAGCCUGGUCAGAGCUGACGGGUUGAUCGAGGUAUCCUCCCACUCCGGUAUCAUCCUGCCGGGGCCGGCCUGGCACACCCUUACACACAACGGACCCACCGCAACCCUCGUAUACAGGAUCCGCGUUCUGUGUGAGGAGAACUACUACAACACCACGUGCUCCAAGUUCUGCCGCCCACGUGACGACCGACUCGGUCAUUACACGUGCAGUGGAAACGGCGACAAAGUUUGUAUGGACGGCUGGCUCGGGGCAGACUGCGACAUAGCCAUCUGCAAGACUGGAUGUCAUACCCUCCACGGCUCUUGUGAAACACCGGGAGAAUGCAGUUGCGGGUUCGGGUGGCAGGGGGAGCUGUGUGACCAGUGCAUUCCCUAUCCGGGCUGCCAACACGGCACGUGUCGCCACUCACCCUGGACGUGUGACUGCCAUACCAACUGGGGAGGCAUCCUCUGUGAUAAAGAUCUGAACACGUGCCGGCAUCGUCCGUGCGAGAACAAUGGUCUGUGUAUAAAUCACGAACCUGACAACUACACGUGCCAGUGUCCCGUCGGAUUCAAGGGCAGGAACUGCAAGAUAGCCGAUGACCCGUGCGCAUCAUCACCCUGUCGAAAUGGGGGCACGUGUUUGUACGUGACAAACGGCUUUGUGUGCACGUGCCGACCGGGUUGGACAGGGGACACGUGCUCACGAGAAAUAGACGAGUGCGAGUCCCAGCCUUGCCUACACGGUGGCACGUGCGUGGACCUCGUGGACGGCUUCCGUUGCACGUGCGAGGCAGGCUGGCAGGGGCCUCAGUGUCAGCUAGACAUGGACGAGUGUGCGGGUCGGCCGUGCGUGCACGCGGUUUCGUGCAGGGACAUGGUGGGCGACUACACGUGCGAAUGUCAGUCGGGCUGGAGUGGCAAAAACUGUGACAUUAACGCAGACGACUGUCAUGGCCAGUGUAAAAAUGGAGGGACAUGCAAUGAUCUGGUUGAUGGGUAUUUGUGCAGGUGCGCGCCCGGUUUCGAGGGCGUCACGUGCGAACACGAGGUGCACGAGUGUGCUAGUCUUCCCUGCAAACAUGAGGGCACGUGCGUGGAUCAUGUGGCUGGAUAUACUUGCAAGUGCGCGCUCGGGUACGCAGGGUUUGAGUGCCAGAUUGAUUCAGAUCCAUGCCGACCGAAUCCCUGCCGGAACGGCGCAACUUGUUACGUCAAUGAUGACGUCAGCGACUACUUUUGCUACUGUGCAGACGAUCACACAGGCAAGAACUGUGAACUUGAGAAAACCGUUUUAACGCAAUAUGUGGACAGUUGCACGUUAUCGGUCGCGAGUCACGGUGUGCCAGGGGACGUGCGGCUCGUGUCUUCCGGUAUUUGCGGGCUCUACGGACUUUGUAUCAGCCGCCCCGGGGGUCAGUUCGACUGCUCGUGCGCACAGGGAUUUACAGGAGAGUUCUGUCAGGAAAACGUCAACGACUGCGCGAGUUCCCCGUGCCAGAAUGCAGGCACGUGCGUGGACCUGGUGAACGCAUACCAAUGCAUCUGUACCGAGGACUGGGAGGGCGCCCUCUGUCACAUCAACAAGGACGAAUGCUCGGGCACCCUAUGCCGGAACGGCGGCGAGUGUACGGACCUCGUGUCCGGGUUCCUAUGUCGCUGCGUUGACGGAUGGAAGGGCCGCACCUGCACUCUCCGCGAGAGCCAGUGUGACAGUUUCACGUGCGCGAAUGGUGGCACGUGCGUGGACCUUGGAGACGCGUAUACGUGUAGGUGCCCGGCCGGCUGGCAGGGAAGCUCCUGUCACACUCCGGAGAGGCGUGCCUGUGAUUCAAGCCCCUGUGCGAAUAAUAGCACGUGCGUGAACAGCGGCGACAGUUUUACAUGCAUCUGCCGACUGGGCUUCGAGGGCCGCACUUGUCAGGUUAACAUAGACGAAUGUAAUCCUUUCCCUUGUUACAAUGGCGGGAGCUGCGAGGAUGGAGUUAACCGCUACACGUGCGUCUGUCCGGCGGGAUUCUCCGGCCCUGACUGCAGAGUCAACAUCAAUGAAUGCAUGUCCGCCCCGUGUACCUACGGAAGUACCUGUAUUGAUGGUAUCGGAGAGUUCCGGUGUGUAUGUCCGCCCGGACGCUCCGGAGGCCGCUGCCAGGAGGUUGACGGACGAAGGCGGACCGCUAGGCCAUGCUCUUUCAGGCGUAGGACGUUUGCUGAUGGGAGUGGCUGGGAACACGAGUGCCAGAAGUGCACAUGUACAGACGGGGAGGUCAGCUGCUCAGAGAAUAUGUGUGAGCCUGAGAGCUGUGCCGUCAUCCCGAAUGUGACUAGCCGCCUCCAUCCAUGCCCAAUUGACGAGGUGUGCGUGGUUCCUGUGGACUUCACGUGCUUCACCCCGCCGUGUCUGUCCUUGGGACGCUGCCGACCAAAACGCAGAGCCGUGACGGAGGCCGCAACCCAGGAACAGACCUGUCGCCAUGGUAGCGGACAGCAUGGGAACUGUGCCACUAUAGGGCUGACGUUCGAUAAAUCAAAAAUGCCUGUCGGCGUGACAGUGGAGGAGAUUUGUGUCACGGUCCGCGGGCUUGCGGAUUCACAGCCUAUCCCCACAGCUACCCGCGGUGUGAACGCUUCCGGCGUCAAGGUUGCCUGUCGAAUCCACCCGACCAGCAGGGACGCUUUGGAAAUAACUGUGACCAUGGCCGGCCCUUCUCCGCAAGACGACGAGAAGCUGGUUCAGGUUGUGCGGCAACUAGCUGACGCCAUAGCUCGAAGUCAUGUGACGGAUCUCUACCUGGCGUCCUUGACCGAGAUAAGGGUCGACAUGAUCUCCAGUGAUGGAAGCAGGGGGCCGCCUUAUCUCAUACCACUGUUGUGUUCACUCAUCCUUUGUAUCGGGUUUGUGGCAGUAGGUCUUCUGGUCGCUUACCACCGGAAACAGAUGAAUGAUAUGACAACGUGGCGCGGAUCGUCCAGCAUUUCCGGCGGACGGUCAAACAAUGAAAAUUUUGAGAAUUUUCAAAAUCUGCGGAGGUUCAAAAAUCCUUUAUACGAAAAAGACAAAAUGGUCGGUAACAGAAGCAACCGACGUCAGAUGACUUUUAACGACAACGGUCGCUAUGAGGAGUUAGAUUCUGAACCGCAUGAUCACAGCCCUACGCGACUUUUACGACAGGAAGAUUUUUUACAUGGGGAAAAUGAGUGGACGGAAGAGGUUCAUUCCAAAAUGAGAGUCAAGGACAUCAAUAUUGAGUUAAACAAAUCUCGAUACAGAUCACAGCCGACUGAUGCUGAUGACAUUGACGGAUUCCUGUAGGAGAAUGAGGUGUGACAGUAAGACAUAUUAGCAGUGACAAUGGGAGCGGUUAAAGCAAUCAUGGUGGAAUUGAGAAAACCAAGUAGAUCGGAACUUCUUUAAAAUAUUAAUGGAAGCUAUAUUGAGUUGACCAGAAAUACGAAACCUGAUGACAAUGUCAAGGGAAGCCAUAUAAUGUACAGUUGCGCAAAAAACUAGUAGCAUAGUGGUGAAAGCAGUAUGCGGCCGCAUCCUUAUUGUCGUGUUUCCAUAAAAUGAUUCCCAUGCUGCACUGUAAAGACCAAUACCAAUGAGAAACUGUCUUGGUGUUGUUCGGCGUAUUGGUGAUUCUAUUUAGUAUAGUGAUUUGAUACACUAAAUAGAAAACCAUUUGUUUGUACGUUCUUAAAGUGUGCAAUGACAACAUCAUUGUGUGUUAAUGACUGUAUACUUGGACACCUUUUACUAGAACUGGGGGUAUAUAUAUAUAGCGAUGUCGGAUGAGACAGAAAUGAUUAGAAUCAAUUAUUAGUAUAAUGUCCGUAGUAUGGUUAAACAAUUUGAAUGACAUUUUUCUAGUCUAGUUUGCAGUUUCCACGCUUUAUUAGUUAAGAGUUAGUGUUGUCUUGUGGUUUAGGUGUCCGUCUCCCACCCAAUAUAUCGUGGUUUUAAACCACAAUGUUAUCUCAGCCUCUCGAAACAAUAUUUGUUAGUACUGGUUUUCACACUUCUCUUUCGUGAUUUAUAUUUUGUGCUUGCUGUGUUCACAGUAACAUUAAAUAAAUUAACAAAUUCCGCGUCUUCAUUGCGAUUUCGGUGUUUUGAACAUACAAACCACCACGGACACAGAUGAAGGCUAUGAUAACUGGCGAUUCAAUACUUAGUAUAAUA